GAUUGGUGGAUUGAGGGGGGCGGUAACUAUACAUUCAGGAAGAGGUCCAUGGACUGUAAACUCUGCUAGCUUGCUAUUUGAAUCCGAUGGAAAAAUAACUCCGUUUGGUCGUUAAAUCGUCGUUAACCAUGUCUGCAAGAAACCCGGGCAUGCCCCUUGACCUGGAAUGGGUGUCCAAGGUGCGGGUGAACACCCAGGCAGUGCUGAAGAGAGCUCAGCAGAUCCAAGGACGCAAUAAGAACACGAAACAAUGGCAGGCGGCGUGGCUGCUGCGGGCGGUGACCUGUAUUGACCUGACGACCCUGGCCGGUGACGACACACCCGGCAACGUCCACCGGCUGUGUAUGAAGGCUACCCAGCCGGUACGCUACGACCUGCUGAAGAGCAUGGACAUGCAGGACAAAGGUGUGACUACUGCAGCGGUGUGCGUGUACCCAUCUCGUGUGGCUGAUGCUGUGAAGUCACUGAAAGCAGCCAACUCCAGCCUACCUGUCGCCUCAGUGGCGACCGGUUUCCCUGCAGGCCAGACCUCUCUGAAGACCAGGCUGGAGGAGGUCCGUAUGGCUGUAGAGGAUGGAGCUAUGGAGAUCGAUAUAGUCAUUAACAGGACUCUGGCCCUCACUGGCCAGUGGGAAGCCAUGUAUGAGGAGGUGUGUCAGUUCAGAGAGGCCUGUGGGGAGGCUCACAUGAAGUCCAUCCUGGCUAUAGGAGAGCUGGGGACCUACACCAAUGUCUACAAGGCUAGUCUGGUGGCUAUGAUGGCUGGGUCGGACUUCAUCAAGACGUCAACAGGGAAGGAGUCUGUCAACGCUACCUACCCUGUCGCCAUAGUGAUGGUCAGAGCCAUCCGGGACUACUUCCUGAAGACUGGACAUAAGGUUGGUUUUAAGCCUGCUGGUGGGAUCCGUACAGCCAAGGAGUCGUUGGUGUGGCUGACUCUGAUGAAGGAAGAGCUGGGAGACGAGUGGCUGAGCCCUCGCCUCUUUAGACUGGGGGCUAGUAGCCUGCUGGCUGACAUAGAGAGACAGAUCUACCAUCACGUGACUGGUCGCUACGCAGCCUAUCACCAGAUGCCCAUGGCCUGAAACCACGGUUACCAUUUCCAAAGUGACCAAUUCCGAAACCUCACCCGAACCAGCCUAUCGCUGUGCAAGAUACCUCUGUUGUUGGACUUGGAGAGAGAGCCUGAUGUUUUACUGUGUACAGUACUACUCGUAUAUCUGUCAUUUUACUGUGUACAGUACUACUGGUAUAUCUGUCAUUUUACUGUGUACAGUACUACUGGUAUAGCUGACAUUUUACUGUGUACAGUACUACUGGUAUAUCUGUCAUUUUACUGUGUACAGUACUACUGGUAUAUCUGACAUUUUACUGUGUACCAGACAUACAGUACUACUGGUAUAUCUGGCAUUUUACUGUGUACAGUACUACUAGUAUAUCUGGCAUUUUACUGUGUACCAGACAUACAGUACUACUAGUAUAUCUGUCAUUUUACUGUGUACAGUACUACUAGUAUAUCUGUCAUUUUACUGUGUACAGUACUACUGGUAUAUCUGUCAUUUUACUGUGUACAGUACUACUGGUAUAUCUGUCAUUUUACUGUGUACAGUACUACUGGUAUAUCUGUCAUUUUACUGUGUACAGUACUACUGGUAUAUCUGACAUUUUACUGUGUACCAGACAUGCAGUACUACUGGUAUAUCUGUCAUUUUACUGUGUACAGUACUACUGGUAUAUCUGACAUUUUACUGUGUACCAGACAUGCAGUACUACUGGUAUAUCUGUCAUUUUACUGUGUACAGUACUACUGGUAUAUCUGACAUUUUACUGUGUACAGUACUACUGGUAUAUCUGUCAUUUUACUGUGUACCAGACAUGCAGUACUACUGGUAUAUCUGACAUUUUACUGUGUACAGUACUACUGGUAUAUCUGUCAUUUUACUGUGUACCAGACAUGCAGUACUACUGGUAUAUCUGACAUUUUACUGUGUACAGUACUACUGGUAUAUCUGACAUUUUACUGUGUACAGUACUACUGGUAUAUCUGUCAUUUUACUGUGUACCAGUCAUGCAGUACUUCUGGUACAUCUGCCUCUUUGUGCCUUGAGACAGCUAGCCAGUAUGGUUUCAUCUAGUCCCCAUCCAUACUACUGGUAUAUCUGUCAUUUUACUGUGUACAGUACUACUGGUAUAUCUGUCAUUUUACUGUGUACAGUACUACUGGUAUAUCUGUCAUUUUACUGUGUACAGUACUACUGGUAUAUCUGUCAUUUUACUGUGUACCAGACAUGCAGUACUACUGGUAUAUCUGUCAUUUUACUGUGUACAGUACUACUGGUAUAUCUGGCAUUUUACUGUGUACCAGACAUACAGUACUUCUGGUACAUCUGCCUCUUUGUGCCUUGAGACAGCUAGCCAGUAUGGUUUCAUCUAGUCCCCAUCCAUACUACUGGUAUAUCUGCCUCUUUGUGCCUUGAGACAGCUAGCCAGUAUGGUUUCAUCUAGUCCCCAUCCAUACUACUGGUACAUCUGCCUCUUUGUGCCUUGAGACAGCUAGCCAGUAUGGUUUCAUCUAGUCCCCAUCCAUACUACUGGUACAUCUGCCUCUUUGUGCCUUGAGACAGCUAGCCAGUAUGGUUUCAUCUAGUCCCCAUCCAUACUACUGGUACAUCUGCCUCUUUGUGCCUUGAGACAACUAGCCAGUAUGGUUUCAUCUAGUCCCCAUCCAUACUACUGGUACAUCUGCCUCUUUGUGCCUUGAGACAGCUAGCCAGUAUGGUUUCAUCUAGUCCCCAUCUAUACUACUGGUACAUCUGCCUCUUUGUGCCUUGAGACAGCUAGCCAGUAUGGUUUCAUCUAGUCCCCAUCCAUACUACUGGUACAUCUGCCUCUUUGUGCCUUGAGACAGCUAGCCAGUAUGGUUUCAUCUAGUCCCCAUCCAUACUACUGGUACAUCUGCCUCUUUGUGCCUUGAGACAGCUAGCCAGUAUGGUUUCAUCUAGUCCCCAUCCAUACUACUGGUAUAUCUGCCUCUUUGUGCCUUGAGACAGCUAGCCAGUAUGGUUUCAUCUAGUCCCCAUCCAUACUACUGGUACAUCUGCCUCUUUGUGCCUUGAGACAGCUAGCCAGUAUGGUUUCAUCUAGUCCCCAUCCAUACUACUGGUAUAUCUGCCUCUUUGUGCCUUGAGACAGCUAGCCAGUAUGGUUUCAUCUAGUCCCCAUCCAUACUACUGGUACAUCUGCCUCUUUGUGCCUUGAGACAGCUAGCCAGUAUGGUUUCAUCUAGUCCCCAUCCAUACUACUGGUAUAUCUGCCUCUUUGUGCCUUGAGACAGCUAGCCAGUAUGGUUUCAUCUAGUCCCCAUCCAUACUACUGGUACAUCUGCCUCUUUGUGCCUUGAGACAGCUAGCCAGUAUGGUUUCAUCUAGUCCCCAUCCAUACUACUGGUAUAUCUGCCUCUUUGUGCCUUGAGACAGCUAGCCAGUAUGGUUUCAUCUAGUCCCCAUCCAUACUACUGGUACAUCUGCCUCUUUGUGCCUUGAGACAGCUAGCCAGUAUGGUUUCAUCUAGUCCCCAUCCAUACUACUGGUAUAUCUGCCUCUUUGUGCCUUGAGACAGCUAGCCAGUAUGGUUUCAUCUAGUCCCCAUCCAUACUACUGGUACAUCUGCCUCUUUGUGCCUUGAGACAGCUAGCCAGUAUGGUUUCAUCUAGUCCCCAUCCAUACUACUGGUACAUCUGCCUCUUUGUGCCUUGAGACAGCUAGCCAGUAUGGUUUCAUCUAGUCCCCAUCCAUACUACUGGUACAUCUGCCUCUUUGUGCCUUGAGACAGCUAGCCAGUAUGGUUUCAUCUAGUCCCCAUCCAUACUACUGGUACAUCUGCCUCUUUGUGCCUUGAGACAGCUAGCCAGUAUGGUUUCAUCUAGUCCCCAUCCAUACUACUGGUACAUCUGCCUCUUUGUGCCUUGAGACAGCUAGCCAGUAUGGUUUCAUCUAGUCCCCAUCCAUACUACUGGUAUAUCUGCCUCUUUGUGCCUUGAGACAGCUAGCCAGUAUGGUUUCAUCUAGUCCCCAUCCAUACUACUGGUACAUCUGCCUCUUUGUGCCUUGAGACAGCUAGCCAGUAUGGUUUCAUCUAGUCCCCAUCCAAACAAUGUGAAACUAUGACGCUGAAUGAAUGGAGUGUUGAUGAGUCCGUAUUAAUGAACCAUUGUAGUUGUUUUGAGAGUACUAUAUUAUAGACGAGAUAAAACUCUUAAUUCAGUAUUUCUAUUGCUGUUGUAAUGAAAGAUUGCCACCCAUUCUAAUCAUGACUGUCUGGACAUUUUGUUGGGAGAUGUUGAAGUGUGAUUAAAGACCAUCAAACAUUA